AUGAAUGCAGCAGAUGGGACGUGGCAUCUUCGACGAGUCAUCAUUCGCUACAGCGAGACUGGUGGAAGCAGUUUGGGAACUCGUUUCUACUUGCGCCAUCUGUUGCCCAUCUGGAAGGAGAGAAACCCACAAGUGGUAGUCGUGACCGAGCAUUCGCGACUGGACCAUCCCGAACUUCUGGCUGAGUGGUCGAGUGGCGAGAAGUUCGAAAUCUCCUUACGGAAGAUGAGGCCAAGGCAGAUCGAGGACCUGCUCAAUCUGCAAAGAAACUCGGAGUCACCAAACCUCUAUCUGAGACAUGGUGGCCCAAGAGUGUGGACGGAGCGUCGAAGUGUGCAAGGCUUGUGGCAGCCCUCUCCUGAAGCCAUGUUUAAAGCCUUGAAAUUUGCUCGAGAAGCCUCCUGGCUUGGACAGAAGCAUCAAGAUCUCAAAUAUUCAUCUCAGACAUUAAAGCUCUGCCAGCAGCAUCUGUUAGAGAAGAGAGGACGUUGGGGAGACCAGUCCCAGCACCCCAAAGGGUUCGACCGCCACGUUCUGGAAGAUGUGCUGAACCAGCCCUUCACAUUUGAUCAGCAUGCUGGAGUUGAGUAG